UGGUACGGAACGUUACGGGAUAUAGCUAUGACCACAUGAAUCAAUGACGUAUUGUGCAUGUGGUGAAAUAAGUGGCAUUUUGUUUUCACAUUUUCUCUCAAUUUUCUCAAGUAAUCAGAUUUAAAAGAUGGCAGAUGAUGACCAUGACAUGGACAAUUUUGAUGAUGAUCUUGAUGAUGCAGAUGAUGAUGAACCAUUGGAUGAACAUAUACAAUCUCAGGAGGGUGAUGGUCAGAUGGAAAUAUUGCCAGCAGACGCAGCACAACCAACUGUGCCUGCUAGAAGAAUCACUACACCCUAUAUGACCAAAUAUGAAAGGGCUAGGGUUUUGGGUACACGGGCACUACAAAUUGCAAUGUGUGCACCUGUGAUGGUCGAGUUAGAGGGAGAAACAGAUCCACUGAUUAUUGCUAUGAAAGAACUGAAAGCCAGAAAAAUUCCAAUGAUUAUCCGGCGCUAUUUACCAGAUGGCAGCUUUGAAGAUUGGGGAAUAGAUGAACUCAUUAUUACAGAAUGAUAUUGUGUAUUAAUGUUUUUGGAGACAACAAAUAUUUUAAUACUUACUUGUAUGAGGGAAAUGAAACACAGACUGUUUGAAAGCAGACUUGACUAGAUAAAGUUAUGACCUCAAAUUAGUAGGUUUUAUACGAAGUGGAAUGGCUAACUGUGUGAUGUAUGGUUAGAUAUUUUGUCACAGACAAGUUAACAUUUUCAUCAUAUACAGAUCUGUGGAAGGCUUGUGUUAGCCAUGUUUUCAUUUAUCUUACAUUCAAAUGUAAGACAUUGAUUUUAUUAUCGCUUUCAUUCAUCAUUGUACAGAUCAUUGCUAUUAAAAAAAUAAAGCUACA